UGGGCUGCUGCUUUGUCUCCUCGGCGCCCAUCCCGAAUCAGUUUCGCUUGGAUCACGCUCGGGAGUGUCACGUGGUGCUUGCCGAAGCCACCAUAGUCCGGGCACAGCUGUUUCGGCGAUACACCCGAAGGGUGUGAUCGAGAACUCUCAUUUCACGCUCCCCCGUUUCUUGAGGCAGAAAGAAAGGCGUUAAACUGCCAGAAGUCGACCCCUUCCUUCAGCUGAGAGACCCUGUGAACGGGAGAGUAACUCGAGUCCGGCAUUCCACUAGCCGCUGCGGUGUCAGCGGCGGUGCCGAGCCCCAGAGAUCGGGUAUUAGGUGACUUUCGCCUGACUGCGGCGUUUUUAGCUCGCGCUCAUCUCUUCGUGUCAUGUGUUGUGCAUCGGACGGUGCAUCCGUACUUUGAGAGGAAUUAUGUGUCGUUCGUGAGUGAGCGUUUUCGCGAAGGAUACAUUUCCCAUCUGUCUCUUCGUAGUCCGGAAGAUUUUUUUUUUUGUGACAUUCGGAAUACCGUGACGAUGUGUCUGAUUGCGGUUUCUUCUCUUCUGCGUGCGCGAUGACGUGACAACAAUGGAAAGUGCUGUUCCCAAAUUCCCACUGGCAAUCUACUGCGCCGUCCUUACCACUAUGGUCGUUCUCGCCAAAGGUCUCACCAUGUGCGACUGCGGUCCGGGCCAGUUCGCGUGCACAAGCUUCGCCGAAGAAGGAACCAACUGCAGCUGCAUACCGGCGCGAUGGCACUGCGACUCAGAUGACGACUGUGGAAACGGCAGCGAUGAGCUAGGAUGCGCGCCCAUCUGUCAACCGGAAGAGGCCAUGUGCCUAAACGGCCGCUGCAUACCCAAGCCGCAAUGGUGCGAUGGUAGCAAGGAAUGCACCGAUGGCAGCGAUGAGGCCGACUGCGCUCCACGCAACUGCACCCAUGAUGAAUUUGAAUGUGAUAACGGGCGCUGCAUUCCCAAGUCCUGGCACUGUGACGGUUACGAUGACUGUGGCGACACCACGGACGAGAUCUGCCCGGUCCGGCUGUGCGGGGAAGCCGAAUUCCGGUGCAUGACGGGCGGCUGCAUCUCGCUGGCCUGGCGCUGCGACAAAGACAUCGACUGCGUCGACGGCUCGGACGAAGGCGGUUGCACCGCUUUCACGUCUAACCUGUGCCUGGCUGAAGAUUUUCAGUGCCGCAGUGGCCGCUGUGUUGGCAUGAAUUAUCGUUGCAACGGGGACAACGACUGCGGUGACUGGUCUGACGAAGAAGGCUGUGAGGGCAAGAGUGCGUGUCAGGAAGGCGAGUUCCGGUGCGAGGACGGCUUCUGCAUCAACGUGGACUGGAAGUGUGACGGCGACGCCGACUGCGACGACCACUCGGACGAGCGCGACUGUCCGCCACGGCAGUGCGCCGCGCACGAGUUCCAGUGCUUAUCGGGCAAGUGCAUACAACUCGAGUGGCGCUGCGACGGAGACUUCGACUGCUCGGACAACAGCGACGAGGAUGGAUGCGUAGGGCGCGAGGUUGCCUGCGACCCUGGCCACUUCCGUUGCCUAGACGGCACCUGCAUCGUGGAGCGGCUCGUGUGCAACGGGACGCCGGACUGCCCGGACCGCUCGGACGAAGCUCAGAACACGACCUGCAACUUUCUGCUUCGUUUCCCUCACAUAGAGACGAGCACUCCAUGCCGGGAGGAUGGCUUUCCCUGCCAGCACCAGUGCAUGGCCACCGCCACGGGUCAGCGCUGCUCCUGCAAGGAGGGGUACCAGCUGGCGCCAGACGGACGCUCCUGUCUCGACGUGGACGAGUGUACGUACGAAGGCACCUGCAGCCAGGCGUGUGUGAACACCGUGCCGGGCUUCCAGUGUCUUUGCAAGGAGGGCUACAGGCUGCGGGACGACAAGCGGCACUGCAAGGCGCAAGGUUCGGAGGCGUACGUGGUGUUCGCCAACGGCGCCGACAUCAGACGCAUCACGAUGGACAAGUCCGAGUACACCUCCGUGGCCGCCAAGCUGCAGAACGCCGUGGCGCUCGACUAUCAUCUGGCACAGGACACGCUCUUCUGGUCCGACAUCACCGUCGACGUCAUCCGGGCCUGCAGCCUCAGCAACUGCACUGCCGACAACGUGCACACCGUCGUCUCCCGUGGGCUGGGCAACCCUGACGGGCUGGCCGUGGACUGGCUCAUGGGGCGCGUCUACUGGACCGACUCAGGCAUGGGUCGCGUCGAGUCCGUGGGCGUCGACGGCCAUCAGAGGAGGGCGCUUGUAUGGAAAGACCUGGACAAGCCGAGAGGUAUCGCAUUACUUCCACUCCUCAGCACCGUGUUCUGGACGGACUGGGGCGCGCGACCACGCAUCGAGCGCAUCUACACCGACGGAUCGGGUCGGCGAGCCAUCGCGGACACUUCACUGUUCUGGCCCAACGGGCUGACCAUCGACUACGGCAGUGACCGUAUCUUCUGGGCGGACGCCAAGCAUCACCAGAUUGAGAGCGCCGACCUGGACGGCGCCAACCGCAAAAAGGUCAUCGAAGCGGGUCUGCCGCACCCAUUUGCAGUUACCAUAUUCGAGGACACGCUUUACUGGACGGACUGGCAAACCAAGAGUAUCCACACUGCUACAAAAUUCGGCCAGCACGAGCCGUCCAUCUUCCACCCCAAGCUGUCCUUUCCCAUGGACAUCAAAGUGGUCCAGAGUCUGCGCCAGCCGGAUGGAUCGAAUCCUUGCACGUUGAGCGACAUCAAGUGCAGCCACAUCUGCGUUUCGAACAACGAAACUGCUUCGUGUGCCUGCCCGAGUGGCUUGGACCUGCAGGGUGACGGCCUCACGUGCAUAGAAAGUAAGUGGCCGGACUCAUUCCUGCUCUUCGCUCACCGUGGUGACAUACGUCGCCUUUGCCUAAAUUGCACGGACGACGUGGACGUCACUGUGCCACUCCGAAGCGCCAUUAGCGCCGUUGACCUCGACUGGGACGCGACUACCGACAUGAUAUUUUGGACGGACGUCGCGCACCACUCCAUCCUGAAGGCCAAGUGGAACGGCGAUGGCCAAGAGGUCGUGGUCGGUACAAACGCGGAGAGCGUGGCCGGCCUUGCUUUGGACUGGGUGAACCGGAAGUUGUACUGGACGGACGCGGCCAACGACAGGAUCGAAGUGGCCAACCUGGACGGGAGCCACAGGGCUGUGCUAAUCUAUGAUGGCCUGGACAAGCCACGUGGAAUCGUUGUGGAUCCCAUCAGAGGGUACAUGUACUGGACGGAUCUGGGCGACCUACCAAAAAUCGAGCGGUCGAGCAUGGGGGGCCAGCAAAGGUCGGUCAUCGUGCAGCACAAUCUGACUUGGCCCAACGCGCUGGCAAUGGAUUACUCCACUGAGACGCUCUACUGGACCGACGGCGCGACCAAAACCAUAGAGCUCAUCCACAUACCCACCAUGAAGAGAAAGGUGCUCAUGUCCCACGACCUUCCUCACCCGUUCGGGCUUACGGUGUUCGACGGCCGCGUAUACUGGACCGACUGGGACAAAAAAGCCAUAUUGUCGGCCGACGCCGCUACGGGUGAGAACAGGAGAACCGUCCUGCCGGGCCGAGAUGGCCUCCGCAACAUACUCGUCUUUCAUCGAAACAGACCUUCAGUACCAAACUCAUGCUCGUCGAAUAACGGCGGCUGCAGCCACCUGUGCCUUAUCGCGCCCAAGCCAAAGGGCUUUGUAUGUGCCUGUCCCACUGGGACGAUGCUCCUCAACGACACCAAAACAUGCUCAAGAGGAAUGAGACGUUUCCUUAUCUUCUCUCGUAGAACGGAAAUACGAAAAAUGUCUCUCGACGUGCCUUACUGGGCAGAUGUGGUUGUACCGCUCAGAAAUCUACGAAAUGUAGUCGCCGUUGACGUCGACACGGGUGAUGAACAAAUUUACUAUGCCGAUGCCGAACGCCAUGUUAUUCAAAGCUGUGAUACAGACGGACGCCGCGUAAAGGACGUGGUCUCGUUUGGUUUGGAGACGCUUGGUGGCCUUGCUAUAGACACCAUCGGCCGCAAGCUCUAUUGGACGGACUCUGGCAGGAGCCUUAUAGAGGUAUCCGAGUUGGACGGAAAGCACAGGCACGUACUUAUCUGGAAAGAUGUCGACAGUCCGCGGGCAAUCGUUCUGCACUAUGAAAAGGGUGCUAUGUUUUGGACUGACUGGGGAAACAAGAUCCGAAUCGAAACAGCAGACAUGGAUGGCGAGAACAGAGCCCUCCUGGUACAGGACGGCUUGGGUUGGCCCCAUGGACUUACCGUUGACAAAGAGUCAUCGCGCCUUGUAUGGGCUGAUGCCAAGCUGCAUGUUAUCGAGUCGACUGGCCUUGACGGAAGGAAUCGCAAGGUGCUUGCACGAGACGUUGCCCACCCGUACGGCGUGCUAGCGUUUUCCGGACACCUGUACUGGACAGACUGGGAGACGAAGGCCAUCCAUCGAUCUGACACGAAUGGACAAAAUGGGCAAACGAUUCGGGCGAACCUGGCUGGUCUCAUGGACAUACAUGGUGUAAACACCCAGUACAGUGGCAUCAACUCUUGUGGAAGGACCAAUGGGGGAUGCAGUCACUUGUGCCUCAGAAAGCCGCAUGGAUAUUCGUGUGCGUGUCCAACUGGAAUUCUUCUAAAAUCUGACGACAGGACAUGUUACGAAGCGCCAUCUGCGUUUUUGUUAUUUGCCAAUCGUGGCAGCCUUCGCAAAAUUUCGCUAGACACUGCCGACAACACUGAUAUGCAUCUACCUCUGAAUGAUGUCUACAACGCUGUGGCGGUCGACUUUAACUACGACGAAUGGAAGCUCUACUACACGGAUGUUACGCUUGAUGUGAUUAGGAGAGUGGGCUUAAACGGCAGUAAUGUGGAAGUCAUCAUAGACAGCGAUCUAGAAGCCGCUGAUGGUUUAGCGCUAGACUGGAUUGCGAAGAACAUUUAUUGGGCCGACUCACGACGCAAGACUAUUGAGGUUGCUCGAGCUGAUGGGUCAAGCCGAAAACUCCUGAUCAACCUUGACCUGGACGAGCCGCGUGCACUCGCUUUGUUUCCCGAAAAAGGAUACAUCUUCUGGUCAGACUGGGGCAAGCUGCCGAAAAUUGAGCGCUCAUUCCUGGACGGCAGCGCGAGAAGGGUCAUCAUAGCCACAGACCUUGGCUGGCCCAAUGGAUUGGCCAUUGACUAUGAGACGGAAAGGCUGUACUGGGUUGAUGCUCAGCUCGACUGCAUCGAGUUUUCGGACCUCAACGGCAAAAGCAGGCAAAAGCUCAUUGAAGGCGUGUCUCAUCCCUUCGGACUUACUCAGUACCAGUCCUACAUAUACUGGACUGACUGGCACACGAAAGCCAUUGAGAAAGCUCACAAGGAAACAGGUGCUGAGCGGGUCAUCAUUCGGGACAACAUUGAGUACCUGAUGGAGAUCAAGAUGGUGGCGCGUUCUAGGCAGACGGGUACAAACUCCUGCAGUGUGAGGAAUGGUGGAUGUUCCCACCUGUGCUUGUACAGGCCACACGGACACAUUUGUGCGUGCCCCAGCCAGCCAGAUUCAAGGCAUUGCUCUACGUUUCCAGACAUGACAACACCAAGUGAGUUGCCAACAAUUUCUACGGUCCUGCCAUCGGCGCUGCCAAACGCAUCAAGCGCUGGUUGCAGUUCGUCUGAUAUGGCAGGAGGAAGAUGCCACGUUAUAGGAUUCAAAUUUUAUGAUCCCAUGUUCCAGAGCACAUAUAUUGCUCUCAGUGCCGUUGGAGGAGCCCUUGUGUUGCUCCUAUUGGGGGCACUGUUGCUCUGGUGCAAGAAGAGCAGGAGUAACCGUUCCCUCGAGAGGGGACAGGCUCCGAACAUGGCCCGAUAUUCUAAUCACUCACCCGGUCCCGCUGACUACCUUGACAAGAAGCCCUGGGGCUGGAGCCCCAAGCUACGCUAUGAUAAUCACGAGCCCGCGUUGGUCGGCAUCGGCGGCAAAGACAAGCUGGACAACCUCGAGGUAGCUGCGCUGAUGAGCAAACGCCUCGACGAGCUGGAAUCGGGCAUGUUGACCAUCUCGUCAGGUGGCGGAGACGGCAAGGCCCUGUACAACUUGGGUCUCCAAGGUUGCCCGACGCCACCGUCGCCUCCCAGGGUUGCCUGUCCUCGGCACUCGCCCCACAGCAUCAGGAGCGGUGGUUCUCUGCGGAGAACGCUGCCCCACGACGCGCCUCAGCAGCCUCAUCACCAUCAGCAUCACUUGCCCUCGGUAGAGACGGACAUUUGAGAAUGACUUCACGCUAGCCGGCGAGCGCGUUGCUCUUUUCCCCGAGGACUGGAGUCCUCAACACCGAAACACACAGCUCAAGCGUCAUCGGCAACAGACGAAUAGGAUUGUGUUGCUGUGGAUGAACGCUCUCAAAGUUCACGUGUAUGAAGCAUGUACCCUUACGCCCUUCGUGCGCGGCUUACAAAGUGCAAAGUCGAACAAAGUGCUAGAUGCUGUAUUUUAAACCUCGCAUACUUUAUGUGUCUUCUUGUUUUCUGUUUAUGGAGAUGCACUCACCUAGCACGGAUGGUUUCACCAUAUUGGUGACCAACAUAUAUGAGAAAUUUGGCUAUACUGCGGGAUAAAUCAUUCAGACAGCUCUUCACUGCUCUUCUUUCAAUCACGUACAGUGCGCAGCAUUAAAGUAGAGGUACUGUAUUAAGACUGCCAUUACAUAGCAGAGUGUUGGUGGGCUGUACUGGAAUAGCGUGAUUCUUGGUUACUUCUGAGACCCCAAUUGAAGGAAAAGUAGUGAAGCAAUGUCUAUCUGCAUCAUGAAGGAAGCAGGAAAUCUGCAGGUACAUUCAUUUUGGUAACUUAGAUAAAAUUGCUUGGUUUUUUACUACUAAUGUCAAUGUCAAUUUUAGCCGGGUGUUAUAUUAGUAUUUAGCUAAAUCAUACUGACUCAACAACAACUAAGUCACAAAGGGACACAAAAUACUGAGAACCGCAGCACAAAUACCUUAUACUAUAGUGAGCAUGGUGUGCUUGCAAAAAUUGAACAAUGUAUUUUUCUCACUUUUAGAUAAUUUAACUGAUUAGCAAUAUUUGUUACUUAAGCAUGCAACUGGGUGUUGCCGUUAACUGCGUGUUCAGCUGGGUGAUUUAAAACUUCUGGUGGAAUAGUCACAUGGCAAUUUUUUUCGGAAAUGUCAGGAACUCUCGAAAUACUUCUUCAAUUAACUUUGUCGCAUACGAUGCUACACACACUAGAGGACUAUCUUGUAUCAAUGACGCCACUUACAAAAUAUGGAGAUGGUUUUUUUACAAGCUGAAGAGUUAUGAAGACCUGUUAUACACAUUCUGCCAGCUCCUAUUAGUUACACUCGUUAAAGCUGCGCACCUUGUUAGCAUAAACUAUGCUGUCUAUUACCGUUAAACAGGCCAAUUAAGGAUAUGGUAUAUACUAGUGAACCUGGCUUGUGAUCUGAUGUUGUGUGUUAGAAUUUAGUGUUAUGACGUCCAUUUGAAUUUUGUUUCCGCGAGCGAAGUUUAAAACAUUGUACAUAACAAUGAAGAGAUCUUGAGCACCUAGUUGAAUUUCGUGUUCUUAUCACACAGCAAAAUCAACCACAUAAUGAUUUUACAACAAAAAUAAGCACGAAGAUGCAGAAUGACAGCUUAAGCCUCACUGAGCAUGGUCGAGCAUUCACAGCUGAAAAAAAUCUUAAACUAUGGUACACCAUAUGUAUUUCUCAAUUAUCCUUUAAGUGAUAUUAGCAUCCUAACCCUCAUGCUUUAAGACAUAGGCCAUGUCUCACACAUGGAAACUUUAGUUUUACUUUCACGCCUAGCAAGUUUAUUUCUUUUAUGGCUGUCUUAUAUCAGAAUGUCUUGCAUAAUCCUAAUAAUAAUAAGACGGAACGCUUUUUUAAACGCAUUUUCAGCUUUAUACCACAUAACUUAGACUGAAACACUGUGAGUAUAUAUUUUGAAAAUACGUGCUGAUUUAUGGCCCUCCGCAGAAAGAAAUUACUUCAGUAUUAGCUGGAAGUUUCACUGAGAUUUAAUAUGCUUAGCAUUACUGUUAAACAUACGUAUCUUUCAUUGACGUAAGCAUGAGAAAGUAUUUAUUAAGCGUUGGCAUGUCAAUACGAAAAACAGGGAUAUGUUAGUCUGUUGGAGUGGUUCUACCUUCGCAGCAGCGAUAUCUAGCGUGAAGUAAGCCAGCAACGUGGUUUAUCGUUUUAUGGCAGCAAUCUGGCGCAGUGUUUAGAUGCGAAGCAUCGUAUACUCGGGGCUCUGUUCCUCCCUGAGUCCGCCGUGCGGCGUCCACACCAUCACUGCGCAUGCGCAUCCUCCUCCCCCUCCUCUCCUUGUCUCAUCUCCUCUCCUCUCGGCAUUCCUCCUCUCCUCUCCGACGCUCCUCUUCUCUGCGCAUGCGCAUCCUCCUCCCCCUCCUCUCCUUGUCUCAUCUCCUCUCCUCUCGGCAUUCCUCUUCUCCUCUCCGACGCUCCUCUCCUCUCCGGAUUGCGCAACGAAUGGCAACACCUGCGGCUCCGUGCGCGAUAAUGCGAAGCAGCUUAGGUUAUA